UGAAAUUGAUCAUUUAUAUGGGUUUGCAUUUUAAAUUAUUUUGCACUUAUUAGUUUAGUCUGACUGAGUUCGAGCUAGAGCUAGAGUUGGAGUUCUCCAUUGUCUUCUCUUGUAAAGUAUAAUGUCACGAAAAAGUUGAAACAAUAAAACCUACCAAAAUUAAAAUGUAUCAUGUAUGAACACAGACAAAGCAAACCCCAACAUAUUUCAUGAUUUAAAUUAUAAAAAGACAAUCACUUUCUGCCAUCUGCAUUUAUAUUUCCAUGGUCUUACACUGAGAUGGCCAACUGUCUACCUUGGAAAGCUAAGCCCUAAUUGACAUUAUAUUAAACCACCCAGUCUCUCAUUUACUGUCAUUUACUUCUCUCUGUAGCUCACCACAACCUUAUUCAUGAGCUGAGCUAGAUCACAUAGAGGGGGGGAAAAAGAAAAAAGUACAUAAACAAGAAAAAUGGAGGGGAUUAUGCACAAAACGGUGAAUGUAAAUGGCAUAAAGAUGCACAUAGCUGAGAAAGGAGAAGGGCCAGUCAUACUCUUUCUUCAUGGAUUUCCAGAGCUCUGGUACACUUGGCGCCAUCAGAUUCUGGGAUUAACCUCGCUUGGAUACCGAGCUGUUGCCCCAGAUCUUAGAGGCUAUGGCGACAGUGAUGCUCCAACUUUAUGCUCUAGCUACACCUGUCACCACAUUGUUGGUGAUCUUAUAGCUCUAAUUGAUCAUCUUGGAGUAGAGCAAGUUUUUCUUGUUGCACAUGAUUGGGGUGCUAUUAUGGGAUGGUAUUUGUGCUUGUUUAGGCCUGAUAGAGUGAAGGCAUUUGUUUGUCUAAGUGUUCCUUUCAGGCCGAGAAAUCCGAAAAUGAAACCUGUUGAAAGCAUGCGACUUCUUUUUGGAGAUGACUACUACGUUUGCAGAUUUCAGGAACCGGGAGAAAUUGAAGCUGAAAUUGCACGUUGUGGCCCCGCAGAAGUAAUCAAGAAAAUUUUGACAGACCGAAAACCAGGCCCCUCUUGCUUGUUCAAAGAAAAUGCAUUUGGAAUUUGUCCAAAUAAUCCAAUAACCUUGCCCUCUUGGCUUACAGAAGAGGACGUUGCUUACUAUGCAGCCAACUUUAACCAGAAAGGGUUUACUGGAGCUUUGAACUACUACAGAGCUAUGGAUUUGAGUUGGGAGCUGACAGCCCCAUGGACUGGGGACUCGGUGAAAGUUCCAGUGAAGUUUGUGGUUGGGGAUCUUGACAUGGUAUAUACCACUCCAGGAAUCAAGGAAUAUGUACAUGGUGGUGGAUUCAGGUAUUACGUGCCAUUGCUUGAAGAAAUCGUUGUGAUGGAAGAAGUUGGCCACUUCAUCAAUCAAGAAAGACCAGAGGAGAUCAACAAACUUAUCUAUGAAUUCAUUAGGAACUACUGAUGUAGCUUCGUUAUCUGUUUUCUCUUUGCUGAAUGGUUCCUCUCCUUAUAUUUUUACUCAGCAGUUGAGAUUAGUCAGUAUGGUCCUCUAUUUAUGUUUUGCAGAUGAGAUUACCCAGAAUGCUAGACGUGUCUUCUA